AUGUCUUGGUGUACUAUUGAAUCCGACCCCGGUGUAUUUACAGAACUUAUUCAGCAAAUGCAAGUGAAAGGAGUACAGGUUGAGGAACUGUAUUCACUGGAUGACGACUCUCUCAAUAGCCUUAGGCCUGUUUAUGGGUUGGUUUUUCUUUUCAAAUGGCGUCCAGGAGAAAAGGAUGAACGUGCUGUAAUCAAAGAUCCCAACCCCAACUUAUUUUUUGCUAGCCAGGUAAUUAAUAAUGCUUGUGCAACCCAGGCAAUCUUGUCUAUUCUUAUUAAUUCACCUGAUAUUGAUAUCGGUCCAGAGUUAACAAAACUGAAAGAAUUUACCAAGAACUUUCCUCCUGAACUCAAAGGUUUGGCCAUCAAUAAUAGUGAGGCCAUACGUACAGCCCAUAAUAGCUUUGCGAGGCCAGAACCUUUUGUCCCUGACGAGCAAAAGGCUGCUGGUAAAGAUGAUGAUGUUUACCACUUUAUAAGCUAUCUACCUGUUGAUGGAGUACUUUAUGAGCUUGAUGGAUUGAAGGAGGGUCCUAUCAGCCUUGGUCAGUGUGCUGGUGGGCAAGGUGAUAUGGAAUGGCUUAAAUUGGUGCAACCUGUGAUUCAGGAACGAAUUGAAAGGUAUUCUCAAAAUGAGAUAAGGUUUAACCUCCUAGCAAUCGUCAAGAACAGGAAAGAAGUGUAUACUUCCGAGCUGAAGGAACUUCAGAAGAGAAGGGAGCGGAUUUUGCAGCAGCUGGCUGCAUCAAAGUCAGAGCGACUGGUGGACAAUAGCAGUUUCGAAGUAUUGAACAAUUCUCUCUCUGAAGUGAAUGCUGGGAUUGAAGCUGCUACUGAGAAGAUCUUAAUGGAGGAAGAAAAAUUCAAAAAAUGGAGGACAGAAAACAUCCGUAGGAAACACAAUUACAUACCCUUUUUGUUUAACUUUCUAAAGAUUCUGGCUGAGAAGAAGCAGUUGAAGCCCCUCAUUGAGAAGGCCAAGCAGAAAACAAGCAGUUCUCGGUGA